AGUACCUUUUUGGCGACCUAUUUACUGUUUCCCACACUUAUUGUUUAAUAUUUAUUUUGAUGCUUGACGCCGCUUCUGCAGAUUCUUUAAAAUGAACAAUUUCUCAAUGAAAUUGGACCUGUCUAACUUCUUCAGCGACCAACGAAGUCAGGCAUUAGUAUUAAUCAAGUCGGAGUGGAAUAACAUCAAGGAUGUACAGGAUCAUAUUCAAAGCCUAUUCGAGCUGAAGGGUAUUAGUUUACUGACUGAAGAUGGGUGCUUUUUGCCUGCUAGGGAAUCCAUAGAGGUGCUACGGGUUGCCAAAGGUUUGAAGGCAUUUCGGUUCGAGGUUGUUGACGAGGACUCUUUUUUGGCCCCGGCUCCAGUUUCCAAGACAAGCAAAAAGCGCAAAAACCGCUCCGGGGAAGGCGAAGUCAGCUCCCAUUCCACACCCUGUCGCCCAUUGAAGCGUUCGAAGUCGAAGAUCACCAAUAUAUCUGAUAAUGCUGCAACAACCGAACCAAAUUUUGAGGCAGAAACCCCCGAAAUUACAGAAGAACAAUGCGAGGUCGUACACCCUCCAUUAGUUAUAGAAUUUUCUUCCGAUUUGAGCGCUAAUUCUGUUUCCCACUCCCAAGAAGACUCUUCUUUGUCUCAAUCCCUGAAGCAACACGGCCGCAAGUCGUCAAGGAAUUCCAAAAAAAGGUCCAAGAAGACGAUUGUCUCUACGGAGGAGAUGGAUUUGGAACAAAGUUUCUCAGAAGAAUCGCAAGAGACCAUAUUCCGCGCCCCUCUCCUGGAGCUGGACUCCAAUACGCCGCGCAUUUUCGAACUACCUCCCAAAAAAAAUGCGAUCGAAAUACUUGAGAAUAUUACAAUCCAAACCCCCAUUAAAAUUCUAGACCCACCCCUUAAUCUAAGAGUGACAAACGCAGAAGAACAAGAAAAAUCUGAGUUGGAAAUUUUGGCCUCUGAAGACUCUCCUCUUUCAAAGGAUUUAGUUGAAAAGGAAGCUAUUGAUAAUAAAGAUGAACUACCGCAAGAACCUGAUUCAGAUGGGGAAGAAAUACCCCUAUCAAAGAUUAAAGUAGCUUCUCAAGAAUCUCAAAAGAAAAAACAGUUGGAGAAGUGCGAGGAAAAUAAGCCUGAGGAAAAAAAAUCACGGAAGAAAGUGGAGAAACCUGCAGAAUCUAAAGAAGAAAAUAAGUCCGAGGCAAGGACAUCAGAAUGUGUUGAAGAAAAGAAGUCUGGGGCAAGGACAUCAGAAUCUGAUGAAGAAAAGAAGUCUGAGGCAAGGACAUCAGAAUCUAAUGAAGAAAAGAAGGCCGAGGCAAAGAAAUCUGAAUCUGAAGAAGAAAAGAAGGCCAAGGCAAGGAAAUUAGGAUCUGAUGAAGAAAAGAAGUCUGAGGCAAAGAAAUCUUUGGCUAAGCAACUUGAUGGCGAAUCUUCGGAAGAAGAUGUACUGGAGAAUGCAAGUGAGGAUCAGCUUGAAACUAGAACAAAGAAAUCAAAAUCUGAAGAAGAAAAGAAGGCCAAGGCAAGGAAACUAGAAUCUAAAGAAGAAAAGAACGCCAAGGCAAAGAAAUUCUCGGCCAAGCAACUUGAUGGAGAAUCUUCUGAAGAAGAUGUACUGGAGAAUGCUAGUGAGGAUGAGCUUGAAACUAGAACAAAGAAAUCAAAAUCUGAAGAAGAAAAGAAGGCCAAGGCAAGGAAACUAGAAUCUAAAGAAGAAAAGAACGCCAAGGCAAAGAAAUUCUCGGCCAAGCAACUUGAUGGAGAAUCUUCUGAAGAAGAUGUACUGGAGAAUGCUAGUGAGGAUGAGCUUGAAACUAGAACAAAGAAAUCAAAAUCUGAAGAAGAAAAGAAGGCCAAGGCAAGGAAACUAGAAUCUAAAGAAGAAAAGAACGCCAAGGCAAAGAAAUUCUUGGCCAAGCAACUUGAUGGCGAAUCUUCGGAGGAAGAUGUACUGGAGAAUGCUAGUGAGGAUGAGCUUGAAACUAGUACUGAAACCAAAAAAAAUCAAAAGACCAUUACGGAUAAAAACGCCAAGGAUUCAAUUAAAGAAAAAUCAAUUGUAUGUGACGAGAGUUCGAACUCUGAUUCCGAUGACGACGUUAUGGUGGUGGAUGAUACUAUUGAUGAUUCCGAUUCCGAUGUGGAGGCAGUUCCCAUUACCGAAGACGAACCUGCCCCGGAGUCUGAAAUUAUUUCAGACUUGUUGUCUUCCGCCAAAAAUCUGAACAGUCUGCCGGUCAGGGGAGACACCAUAGUCUUUAAGGUGCCCAAGAUUAAGGGGAAAGUGAGCUCUGGUUAUACCGAGUACAUCGCUGCCCAGUGCAAGUACAUCAACCGCCGCACGAAAGUCUUGACAGUGGAUAUCUUAUCAUCUCCCACUAGCCUCAAGCGAGUCCUGCGACAAUAUGCCAAUAAUUUUGAUGACUCUAACGAUCGAAUCCAAAGCAUAAACAUUAAUUAUUCUGACCUAGGCGAAGCCAAACUAGUUAUUUCCACAGUAGAUUGAAUUUGUGGACAGUUUUGAUUCUUCUAUUUCCACACUUUUGUAGAUUGUAAAGAUUAUAAACGAUUAAACAACAUUCAGAUGUA